AUGGAUAUCUUUAGAGUGUUAACGAGAGGUGCAUCGAUCAACAAGAAGGCCAACCAAAAAGGUAAGACGGUUGACUACAGUACUGCAGACACUGAUAAUGAUAAGGUUGAUAAUAAACAAGUUGAAAAACAGCUGAAUAGAGAGCUUGACUUUUUCAGAAACAAGAAGAUUGUGAGUAAAGUAGAGACUGCAAAGGCUAAGCUAGAGGAUUCAGUAGAAGACAGUCAUCAACAAGAUAAUAACGAUGAUGUUACGGAGGUUGCCUAUGAUGUUAAGAUAACAACUAAAGAGCAGGCAAGUGCGUUAAGAAAGUCUUAUAAGGGUAAUAUUACUGGUGAAGAUAUACCGUUGCCUAUCGGUUCUUUUGAAGAUUUGAUUUCAAGAUUUUCGCUUGAUAAGCGUUUACUUAAUAAUCUUAUAGAAAAUCAUUUCACUGAACCAACACCUAUUCAAUGUGAAGCCAUCCCACUUUGCUUGAAUGGUCGUGAUUUGUUGGCAUGUGCGCCCACGGGUUCUGGUAAGACUCUAGCUUUCUUAAUUCCACUGCUACAACAAAUAAUUGAAGAAAAGAAUUUCUCAGGUGUCAAAGGUCUGAUAAUAUCGCCUACCAAAGAAUUGGCAACGCAAAUAUUUAACGAGUGUGUUAAAUUGUCAAAAAGAAUAUAUUUGGAUAAGAAGAGGCCACUACAAGUUGCCAUUCUUUCGAAGUCCCUGGGUGCUAAACUAAGAAACAAAGUAAUUAGUGACAAGAAGUACGACUUGAUUAUCUCGACACCUCUACGUUUGAUAGAUGUGGUCAAGAACGAGGCUUUGGACUUAUCUAAUGUCAAGCAUUUAAUCUUUGAUGAAGCUGAUAAACUGUUUGACAAGACCUUUAUCGAGCAAACUGAUGAUAUUUUGAAUUCAUGUACUGAUCCAAGUAUGAGAAAGUCGAUGUUUUCGGCUACAAUCCCAAGUAGCGUUGAGGAAACAGCUAAUUCAAUUAUGAAUGAUCCAGUUAGAGUAAUUAUAGGUCACAAGGAAGCAGCCAAUACAAAUAUCGAACAAAAAUUGAUCUUUUGCGGUAACGAAGAAGGUAAGUUAAUAGCAAUCAGACAACUAGUGCAACAAGGUGAGUUCAAGCCACCUAUUAUUAUCUUUUUGGAAUCCAUUGCUAGAGCUAAGGCUUUGUACCAUGAGUUGAUGUAUGAUAGAAUAAAUGUUGAUGUUAUCCAUGCUGAAAGAACUGCUAUUCAAAGAGAAAAAAUAAUAGAACGUUUCAAGACUGGUGAGCUAUGGUGUUUGAUAUGUACGGAUGUUUUAGCAAGAGGUAUUGACUUCAAAGGUGUAAAUUUAGUUAUAAAUUAUGACGUACCAACUACAGCUCAAGCCUAUGUCCAUAGGAUUGGUAGAACUGGUAGAGGUGGAAGAAGUGGUAAGGCAGUCACUUUGUAUACUAAGCUUGACUCCGUUGCUAUUAAGCCUAUCAUUAAUGUUAUGAAGCAAAGUGGCUGUGAAGUAGAAGGAUGGAUGAAUAACAUUUCUAAGAUCACUAAGCGUGAAAAGGAAGCUAUAAAGAAAGGAAAGUCACAUAAGGAAAGAGAUCAAAUAAGUACAGUUCCAAAGGUAGAAAGAUUGAAGAGAAAAAAGAAGCAAGAUAUGAUUCGCGCUUCAAAGAGAAGGCAACUAGAAUCCAACGCAAUAGAAUCUGCUGAUUGA